UAUUAAAUAUAAUAAUCUUUAUUCAAUUUCACCUACAACAUCAUUAUUAUCAUCAUCAUCAUCAUCAUCAUCAUAUCAGUAUAAAACACGUUCAUCAUAUGAUCUCAAUAAUUAUCGACCUUCUUCAUAUCUAUCAUCAUCAUAUUCAUCAACAUAUUCACCUAAAUCAUCGUAUCUUAGCAUCAAAAUUUUCGGGUGUAUCAUCAUCACCACAACCAUCAUCAUCAUCAUCAUCAUCAUCAUCGACAACAAUAUCAACAUUAAGUAAUUAUUCACCAUCAUCAUCACCAUUAUCAACAACAUCGUCAACGGUUACAUUAACAAGAUUUAAUCAUCGUCGUUCAUCAUUCGAUUAUGGUAAUGAUGAUGAUAAUAAUAAUAUCGAUAAUGGAUUCAAGUCAGAAAAAUUACCGGUUGCCGGUCUUAGUAAUCUGGGCAAUACAUGUUAUAUGAAUUCCGUCAUACAGGCAUUGUUUGCGACCAAAUCAUUUCGUGAUUUUUUAAUGGCUAACCAUGAACAUGGACAACUUUAUUCGGCAUUAUCACGGUUAUUCAAAGAAAUGUCUUCAUCGAUUCGUUAUGGUCAUGUGAAUCCAUCACAAUUUCGUUCAACAUUCAUUCAAUUGGAACCGAAAUUUAAUGGUUGCGAACAACAAGAUGCUCAAGAAUUUCUAAGCUAUGUAAUUAAUGAUCUACAUGAAGAAUUGAAUAAACCAAGAUCCAGAUCAUCACGUUCAUCAGCGAUCAUGUUGGAACCAAAAUCAGCACAGGAAGCAUGGUCAAUAUAUCGUGAUCGUUAUAAUGAUUCAAAAUUGGUCGAUAUUUUUGUUGGACAAUAUGCAUCGGUAAUUAAAUGUAGCUAUUGUGGUAAUGAAAGUACUUGUUGGGAUCCAUUCUGGGAUCUACCAUUACCUGUACCAAGAAAUCGUAAUCGUAUCGAUAUUGAUGAAUGUAUAGCCGAAUUUACCUCAGCAGAAAUAUUGGAUGGCAAUGAACAACCGUUUUGUUCACGCUGUAAACAACACCGUAAAUCAACCAAACGUCUUUCGAUAGUUCGUUCACCGAAAAUUCUAGUGAUACAUUUGAAAAAAUUCUCUAAUAAUGGCUAUAAAUUGUCUAGUGAUAUAAAUGUAAAUCAACAGAUUCGUAUUGAUAAUGGUUCAUCAUCAUCAUCAUCAUCAUCAUCAACAAUGGUCACAUAUGAACUAUAUGGAUGUGUAUGCCAUCAUGGAUAUCUAUCACGUAGUGGCCAUUAUACUGCCUAUUGUCAAUAUGAACAACAACGUUGGUAUCAUUGUGAUGAUCAAAAAGUUCGUGAUUGUACUGAUUCAUUUUCAAUGGCAACAUUAAAAGAUGCAUAUGUAUUGUUCUAUCGACAACAAGAUCAUUAUUCAUCAUCAAAUACUAACACCAGAUAUUCAUCAAGACUUUAGUUUCUAUUCAUUUGAAUCAAUUAGAUCAUAUUGGAAUUGUUGCAAAAAUUUUAAAAAUUCAAAUUCAGCUCAUUUAUUAUUGUGUGGUCAUAAUCACAGUCAAUCAACUUGAACCAAAAACCAAAAACAAAAACAAAACUCCGUGUACAGCCGAACGUAGUGAUUUUAGCAAAUAAAAAUAGAAGAAAAAACAAAAGAAUCCCAAAGAAUUUGUUUCAGAAUCGAAACAACGACGAUGAUGAUUAUCCGUUCUCUAUUAUUAUAUUGAUUAAUUGUUAAAUAUUUAUUAUGAUGAAAAAAAAUUUUAAAUUUUAAAAUUUCGCCAUGUCAACAAAGAGAGAGAGUAAAAAAAAAAUUCAAUAAAUUGAAAUAAGCAUUUUUUGUGAU